AACAACUACUUCAUGUAGUAUAUUACAACUACUAAAACAUGUUUCCCGUGCGGUAGCAAUAACACAACCACGGGAAGCCUCUGCCUUCCUCCUGGUGAUGGCCUCGAGGAUCAGAGGAGACAUGGGCUGGAGAAAAGGCAUGGGAGGAGAUCUGCGGUGGACGAGAAGCGCUGUCUCCGUGGCGAGUGUCCCGUCGGCGCGAGCUGCCCGUGGGAAAGGCGGGCGGGCAGCGGCGGGCAGCGCUCGGUGGCUGCAGUGCCGGGAGGAGGCUGCGGGCGCCGCUGUUGACCGAGGAGGAGCGAGAGGAAGGCCGGAGCGCUGCAGGCAGCCCCGCCCGCUGCGGCCCGGCUCGAUCGCUCGCCCGAUCGCUGGCUGGCUGGUUUGCUGGGCGGGCGAGCGUCCUGCGAUCGUCCCCGCGGUGCGGAGCCGUGGUGCAGCGAGGCGGAGGGUGCGGCGGCAGCGGCCGGGAGCGGCGAGACGGUGACGGAGCCGAAGCCGGAUCGGUAGCCGGAUCGGGAGGCGGAAGAGCGGUCGGCGGUGUUGCGGUGCCGGCGGUGGGGCGGCGGAGAUGUGGUCGGCGGGGAGGCGGUGGGUCCGGCGGGAGCGAGCCCUGCUGUGGUGCGUCCUGUUGGCGGCGUGGGAGGCGGCGUGGGGUCAGCUGCGCUACUCGAUUCCCGAGGAGAUGCCGAAGGGCUCGUUCGUGGGCGACGUGGCCAAGGACAUGGGACUAGAGCUGUCAGCUCUCCAAGACGGCGGCGUCCACCUCCUGGACAAAGGUAGGACGCAGUAUUUCUCUCUGCACGGGAAGACGGGACAUUUAGUGACGGCGGAGAGGAUAGACAGAGAGCAGCUGUGCCGGCUGGUGGAGAAAUGCGUGCUGCGCUGUGAGGUGAUCGUGGAGAAAGAAAUGCAAGUUUACGAAGUCGAAGUGGAAAUCACGGACAUUAACGACAACGCCCCCAGUUUCCGGGAGGCGGAAAUGGAGCUGAGAAUGAGCGAGACGACAGCGCCGGGGUGGCGUUUUCCUUUGGCCGAGGCUCAGGACCCGGACGUGGGACGGAAUUCCCUGCAGAGCUACGAGCUGAGCGGCGACGAGCACUUCUCGCUGGCCGUGCAGGCGGGCCCCGGCGGGGAGCAGCGUCCCGAGCUGGUGCUGGCGAAGGCGCUGGACCGGGAGGAGGCGGCGUUUCACGAGCUGGUGCUGAGGGCGAGCGACGGCGGAGAGCCGCGGCGGACGGGCACGGCGCGGAUCCGCGUGUCGGUGCUGGACGCCAACGACAACGCGCCCGCGUUCAGCCAGGCGGAGUACACGGUGCGUGUGGCGGAGGACGUGCCCGUGGGCUCCGUCCUCGUCACCGUCACGGCCACCGACGCCGACGAGGGCAUGAACGGUGACGUCAGGUAUUCGCUCAAGAAGGUUAUGGAUCAGGCAUCGCAGAUUUUCGAGCUGGAGGCAGCGACGGGUGAAAUCAGACUGGUGCGGAGCCUGGACUUCGAAGAAGGCAACUCGUACGAACUGGAGGUGCAGGCACGGGAUGGUGGUGGCCUUUCCGACACUGCGAAAGUUGUAAUCACUGUGACCGACGUGAACGACAACACGCCCGAGAUUUCGGUGCGGUCGGCGCUGAGCGAAAUCUCGGAGGACGCUCCACCGGGGACGGUGGUGGCCCUGCUGCACGUCCAGGACCCGGACUCGGGGGCCAACGGGCAGGUGCGGUGCUCGCUGGACGGGGGCGUCCCGUUCCGGCUGCAGAGCUCGCGGGGCAGCUACUACAGCGUGGUGACGGCGCGGGAGCUGGACCGCGAGGAGGUGUCGGAGUACAACGUGACGGUGCGGGCGGCGGACGGCGGGUCGCCGCCGCUGCGGAGCAGCGCGGUGCUGGCGCUGCGAGUGCUGGACGUGAACGACAACGCGCCGGUGUUCGCGGAGGCGCGGUACAGCGCGCGGGUGCCCGAGAACAACGCGGCGGGCGCGCUGCUGCUGAGGGUGCGGGCGCGGGACGCGGACUGGGGCGCGAACGCGCGCGUGCGGUACCGGCUGUGGGAGGGGCGGGUGCGGGGCGCGCCGCUGUCGUCGUACGUGUCGGUGCAGGCGGAGACGGGCGCGCUGUACGCCGGCGCCUUGCGCGGCGUCCCGGCCUCGCACUUCGUGGGCAUCGACGGCGUCCGCGCCUUCCUGCGCUCCUACUCGCACGAGGUCUCGCUCACCGCCGACUCGCGCAAGAGCCAGCUGCGCUUCUCGGGCGGCAGCUGCUGCGACACCCUGCCGGCCCGCCCGCCGCCCGACGAGCCCGCGCCGCCGCUGCUCCCCGAGGACGCUGACGGCGCCCGCCGCGACGACCCCGCCGCUCCCACGUGGUCGGGGCCGUUCGAGGUGGUGCCGCGCUCUGCCGAGGCCGGGUACCUGGUGGCCAAGGUGGUGGCGGUGGACGCGGACGCGGGGCGCAACGCGUGGCUGUCGUACGAGCUGGUGCAGGCGUCGGAGGCGGCGCUGUUCCGCGUGGGGCUGCACAGCGGCGAGGUGCGGACGGCGCGGGCCGUGUCGGAGAGGGACGCGGCGAAGCAGCGGCUGGUGGCCGUGGUGAAGGACCACGGGCAGCCGGCGCUGUCGGCCACGGCCACGCUGCACGUGGUGCUGGCCGAGCACUGA